UCUUCAUAUUUGAACUUUCACAAACAACGAGUCUUUCCACCAGGCUUCUUCGCGUUUCCUCACUGAGCUACGCGACAUUUAAUCUGUAAACAUUAAAUGCGCUUAAAACGUACAUUGACGCUUUUAUUCUGAAAGGUUUAGCGGAAGUGUUUGUGUUACUAGAACUGAGGUAGCGCGAACGGGACGAACAAGUUUUGAGGACGAAUUAAAGUCCAGCCGAAGCUCGUAAAUACGGAGAGAAUGGACGGUCCUUCCAUUGACAGUUUAAUCCUGAAGCUCCACGACGUGAACGGAGUGAAGUUCGGGGAAUACAAGCUGAAGAGCGGCCUGCUGACACCCAUUUAUAUCGACCUGAGAGUGCUCGUGUCCCACCCCGCGCUCAUGAACCAGGUGGCAAGUCUCAUCUACGAGCGAGUGCAAGAAGAGGGUCUGCAGUUCGACUCUGUGUGUGGGGUUCCUUACACAGCCUUGCCUUUGGCCACAAUUAUCUGCUCACAACAUGAACUGCCCAUGCUCAUCAGGCGGAAGGAGGCCAAGGACUAUGGAACCAAACGGCUGGUGGAGGGGUUGUUCCGUCAGGGGGAUACGUGCCUGAUCAUUGAGGACACGGUGACCAGCGGCACCAGCAUCCUGGAGACUGCUGAAGUGCUCUACAAAGAGGGACUGAAGGUGACGGAUGCAAUUGUACUAAUGGACAGAGAGCAAGGUGGCGUGGAGAUGUUGGCAUCAAAGGGAAUCAAGCUCCAUCCCAUCAUCUCCAUAUCUCAUCUGCUCCGUGUGCUGCAGGCAGCCGAACGCAUCGACGCACAAACCGCCCAGAGUGUCCAUGAGUUCAUCCGGGACAACAACACUUUCAGGCCCAAGAAUGGCACGACCUCUCCUGCCAGCAAGAAGCUGUGUGUGGAACAGAAGCUGAAGCUCAGUUAUUCAGAAAGAGCCGAGUUACCAAGCAUUCACCCUCUAGCAUCAAAGCUGCUGAAGAUUAUGGAGGAGAAACAGUCCAAUCUUUGUGUUUCUGCUGAUGUAACCAGCAGCGAGGAGCUGCUCCAGCUGGCCGAGUCGCUCGGUCCAAAGAUCUGCAUGCUGAAGACCCAUGUAGACAUCCUCGAGGACUACACAUUAGCCUUUAUUCAGAAAAUGCAGGCCUUGGCAGAAAAGCACAACUUCCUUAUCUUUGAAGACCGCAAGUUCGCUGACAUUGGGAACACAGUCAAGCAUCAGUAUGAGGGUGGUUUGUACCAGAUUUCAUCAUGGUCCCACAUAGUGAAUGCCCAUGCAGUGCCGGGGCCGGGGGUGGUGAAAGGUCUGAGCGCUGUAGGGAAGCCUCUGGCCCGAGGCUGUUUGCUCAUAGCUCAGAUGAGCUCGCAGGGAUCACUGGCUGCUGGUGAAUACACAAAGGCUGUGGUGCAAAUGGCAGAGGAGCACUCGGACUUUGUGAUUGGGUUUAUCUGUGGCUCUAAGCUCACAGAGAGGCCAGAGUUCAUCCACAUGACCCCCGGGGUGCAGAUGCAGGCUGGAGGAGAUUUGCUGGGUCAGCAGUACACCACUCCAGAGGAAGUUAUCUACAGCAAAGGCUCUGAUGUCAUCAUUGUGGGACGAGGCAUUUUGGGAGCUUCUGAUAGGGUGGAAGCUGCAGAUUUGUACAGGAAGUCGGGCUGGGAUGCUUACAGAAAGAGAGUGAGCCAGAGCAGCAUCUAAAUAACUCUGACUCGAGUUUGAAAGUGCACGUCAGGUAUCACUGCCACACCUGUAAACAGUGAUACCAUGUGUGCAUUUUACCGUUGAUCUGCUGCUUUAAAUGUUUUUGAUUCAUUCCUUUAAAUUUGUUGCACAACUUGAACUGAUUUCUAAUCUCAGUGGUUUUUCUGAUCAGGGUUCAGUAGUUUGUUUUAAAUAAUGAAUUGAGGUAAUUCCUCAUGUCUGAGUACUGCAGCGAAGAUUUCAAAAUGGAGAUUCACUUAAAAUAGUGCAGGAUGUCUGUUACAGCAGGAAUAAGACUACAUCAUGUAGAUAAAAAUGAUAGAAUAUUCUUUGGGGGGGUGGUGUGACUGUUAGCGGUGUCUCCUGCGUUUGACCAGCCAGCAGGGGGCUCUGUUUGGGGUUUGUCUGUUCUCCCUGGGCUUCCAGGGGUUCUCUCCGACUUCCUCCUGCACGCCAAAAACUCGGGAUCCCUUCCAACCCCUGCGUGACCCUGAAUUGGAUGAGUGUAAGAAGAAGAUGAAUUGAAGAGGAUGGACACUGUGUAAUAUUUCAAGCUUGAAGUACACGGCCUUUUUAAUACACAGAGGUUAUUCAUUACUCUUUACAUGUUCACAAACAGCGUAAAUCCCAUGAAGGAGCCUUUAAACUGCACCUGCGUGUAACUGUUGGUGGAUUUUUGCAGCUAGUCAGCGCAGUACUGAACAAACUGAAUGAUGAUUUAACUCCUGAUUUUGGGAAAUACUUAAUUUCAGGUACUAUGGACCUGCUCAAGUGUUUUAAUCCCUGCACUUGUUUGGUUAUUAGUUGAUUAGUAACCUCAGAUUACUGUGACUUGGAUGAGGGAAAGCUGAAUGGAGCUCAUACCUGUCUCUAUUAGAUCUAUUGUCUGCCGUCCUUAUCGUUUCACGCACAUAAAUGAUGUUUAUACAAA